AUGCGUUUCACUGCCUGGAGGCUCAAACACCAUAGAAGUUGGCAGACUCGAGGCGCAGAGCGGUUAUAUGUAAAUUACGGAUGCGCUGAGCCAAUCAGUGGGCGCGCGGAGGCAGCGGUGAGAUGCUUUUUACUGGAAUGUGGAAGAAAUGUGAGAAAGAGGUGUCUUAGAUGAGAGGAGACAAGACUGGACUACAUGGAUCAAGGGAGAAGAAAACGCCGAAAAGAUCGUUAAAAAGGAAAAGGAAAAGAAAGAAAGAUUACGUGUACAUCCAUACUGUGGUAAGUCUACCUCAUGAAGUCUCAUGCUGUACCUUUGUGAGAUCUUCGGCAGAUAACUGAAACGUUCUGCAAAAUUCACAUCUGGUUUAACAAAAUGUACAUAAAAACAAUUGUCUGCUUACCCACUUCUGAUUGCACUUCUGUCAAGAGAAUGAUUCUCUGUGGGCCAUGUGAGUCUCAGUUGAUACAAGAAGAUGAAGAUUAAACACAACGAGACCUGCUGCUGCUCAGCUGCUUCCCAGCAGUUGUGAUACAGUGCUCACAUGCAUUUGUAUUAUGGCAAACUCAGAGCUCUGUGCAUGAUUUGCGAAGGCAAUUUGUGCCAAGGGAAAGGUGUACACACAGCAUAUGAAUGAGUGCAAGGGAACUUGAUCAAAAUUCCAGUCUCAUGUAUUUUUUCUGAACACUUGCUGCACUCCUUUCGGAUCUGGAAAAUUGCAGACUGACAUAUCUCUGGAUUUUUUAUGUUGUGAUUCUUUUUUCCUAAGAUCUACGCCCUACUGGUUCUGGGAAACUUGUGACCUCUGCAUUUUUAAUUAGAACUUGUAACAUUUUCCAUAGCAACAUAUUUUGAUGUCGCAAAUACAGAACCUGUCAAAUCAAACAAUUUCCAAGUGCAAAGCUACGGUCUUCUGGUCAAUAGAAGUCCAAGGACAUAAAAACACUGAGAUGCAAAGAAGACUGAAAAUUAUUUGUUGGUUGACUCAUACCUUUGAUCUUCAUAAUUAAAAAAUCAAUACGGAUAUAAAAGAAUUACAUUGCAUGCUGGAGUGGUUUAGAUGAAGAACUCGGUACUAAUUUCAUUGCAGAUGAGAGCAGAUAGAAUCCAUCUGUGUGACUGGUGUGCCAGUACUAAUAUGGUACAAAGGAAAGGAACUAUUUCUAGGAAAUAGUCGAGAUAUGGAAAAACUUCACUCACAUGAUGAACUGUGCGAGCAGGAAGUGAAGAAAAAAGAAAUCUGAAACAAGGCCUGAGCUCAGAUUUCAACAGACCCACAGUAUUAGGAGGAAUAAUACAAUUUGAUACGAUGCCUUAAGAAAAGCAGUAUAACUUAGCACUUAAAUAUGUAUAUGAAAAAUAAAUCACUUAUUUAUGACACAUGCCUCGCAAGUGCCAAGUAAGACUUCUGUCAAGUUUGAAGAAGAUAAACUAAGAAUUUUUGUCAGUCAGAUGCAUUUAUCCUUCCUUUUCCUGCUUUAAGCUAGGACUAAUGGCCUAGGAAGGCAUAUUUUACUGCCAUUGCUAAGACUGCAAAAGGUAAUCGUCUUCUGCAAGGACAUCCACGUGUAACUGUCACACCAGCAGCCAAGAGACAUGGAUGUGAUCAUCAAGUUUUGUUAAAUCAAAUGCUGAAUGCCAUGAACCUUUCAGGAGGAAAAGGCAAGAGUCAGUGUGAAACGUGAGUGAAAUGUCUCCCUCUGUUUAUCACCAAAGGCAUUUGAAGUCUGUGGCUCUGCAGCACAGUGCAGGCAGUUCUUCCCUGCAGUAAGAGCAAUGAGAAAAGAAGAAUACUGGGAAAGGGAAAUUUUUCUUGUUCCCAGCGAGCAGGUUAAAAUUUUAAGGAAACUGGAGGUUUUGAAGAAUUCACUCUUGACACAGAAGUCACAGAAGAAACAUUUGAGAGGGACAAGCUGCUGCCAAUCACAGAAGCUUUCAGUGUCAAUCAGAGUAGAGCUUGGUCUGCAGUCUCUCAUCAGCGCACUUGGCAAUUGCCAAAUAUUUACAUUCUGGACACCUAAAGGCACUUCCACUUUAAGUAUAAUUCGAAGAGAAAGGCAGAGAUUUAAGAACAAGUAUUAACUGUUCAUUUUCACUCGAGUGCUGGAUCUUCACGUGGACUUUUUCCCAACACUUAAGCUUCAGUCAAGUAAAAGCAUUCUCCAUCACCUUGAGAAAACAGUUCUUCCUGCUUUACCUGGUGAAUGCCUUUCAGAAUCCAGCAGCUGAGAUUUACAGACAUCCUCAGACUUUGGAUGAUAACUUGUAGUUCAGUUUCUCUCUGUGCUUCAGUGUUCUACGCAAAGUGCAGGUAAAUGCUCCUUCCUAUCUAGAAGAUGUGGCACAAAGACACAGCUUCAUUCCAAAAUGAAGGUAUGUCAGCUGUGCUCUAUGCUUUUCAAAACUACAAGUGGCUAAGAAACUGAAAGGCUCUGUGAGUAAACAGAGAGCAUGUGGGAAAGGAAAAAGGAGCACACACAACUUUUCACACUGAUCACAUUUCUGCAAUGAAUUUGGGCCCACAAAAACAAGGUUAGAGCUGAAGAACAGGCAGGCACUCUUAAUAUUCUGUAAGAUACCCUGGACACUGUUCCCUAUAUUAGAAAUAAUAAGCAUAUAUAAGUUUGAGAUCAGCUCUUAAUAAAAUAAUGCUUUGAUAAUUCUCAAGCAGAAAAUGACUUUGCCCAUCUGAUGGCUUGCAUGUGAAAUGACACAAAUUUUGAAAGGUCUUACAGAAUCACAAACACAUCAGAAUGUAUCUGAAUGUAUUUGAAUGUCCUGAGGAGAAUAGUAAGGAGAGGAAAACCCAAAAUACCAACCCUCCCUUCUUGCAUAACAAAAAAUAGUUUUCAGACACGAUGCGGUUCAGCAUUUCAAACGGAUCACAGCAUUGCAAGGACAGCAGUGCCAAGGCACACAGAAGAAUGGCAGGCACUCAACGUGGAUCCAAGCCUUUAGCACUCCACAACAUGGAUAUUCUUGCAGAAGCCAUGCAUGACACUACUUACAAGGCAACUACUUACAAGGCAACUACUUGCCCACCAGCACUACUGAGUGGUUUUUCAGGAUGCUAGAACGAAGAAAUGAGGCAAGACCUCCAGCAGUAUUACCUGCACAGUUUUCUAACAUUGAACACUGAGUGAGCAACUCCCAGACUCAGCUACGCAGCCAAACUGGCCCGAUGGCAUGCUGCAGCCAACCCCAGCUCAGCAUCUGGAUGAAAUAAAGACCUUUCUCAGGAGCAGCUUUUUGUGCAAUAUACUCAGAGGUGCAUAGCGUAAUGUCCAUGCUGUACUACACUCUGAUUAUAGCUUUUUUGAUCGGCACACAGGCAGCUCCAAAGUCAGAGGACAAUGGUCCACUGGAGUAUCCUGCAGAACACUCCUUACCCAGUACACAACAGAGUAACGGACAGCACAUUUCCGAGGCAGCCCCACAGACAAGCCACGGCCGCUUUGCUUGGAUGCCAGAUGGAACAGAAGAUUUAAAUAUCGCCAUGGACCAAAAUUUCUUUAACAAGAAGCGUUUCCGGUCUUCUCGGGUCCUGUUCAGCACGCAGCCACCUCCAGUGUCAAGGAAGGGACAGAAUACGGGGUUUCUCAGCAGUGCAGUCUCUCUCAACAGGACUGCCAGGACCAAGAGGACUGCACAUCCCGUACUGCACCGGGGAGAGUUCUCAGUGUGCGACAGUGUCAGCAUGUGGGUCGGGGACAAAACCACAGCCACUGACAUCAAAGGCAAAGAGGUGACCGUGUUGGGAGAGGUCAACAUUAACAACAACGUUUUUAAGCAGUACUUUUUCGAGACCAAGUGCAGGGACCCUCGGCCGGUGUCCAGCGGGUGCCGAGGGAUCGAUGCGAAGCAUUGGAACUCUUACUGCACCACCACACACACCUUCGUCAAAGCACUGACCAUGGAGGGCAAGCAAGCAGCCUGGCGAUUUAUCCGGAUUGACACAGCCUGUGUCUGUGUGCUCAGCAGGAAAUCGGGGAGACCCUGAGACGGAGCUGAACCCCACAACAGCAUCCUCCUAUCCCCCUACCUCAGCCUGUAAAUUAUUUUAAGUUAAAAAAAAAAAAAAAAAAAGGACUGCAUGGUGUAUUUAUAGUUUAUACGAUACAAAAAGGACCUCAUUAUUUAUUAAACUCUUUUGGAAACCUUU